GAAUUUCUACGUGCCUGAACGCCAAUAAAUUAGAUACAGAUGAAAACAUGAAAUUACCCAGGGCAUCAAAAGAACAUCACUCGGAGAUGCACAAAAACAAUAUAACGUUGAAAAUGGGUCAACCGUUCCUUUAAGAUAGUGAGAGUGAAAUACCGCUAGUAAGCAGUUUUCUUGUUGGUCAGUUGUGUCCAGCAACGAUUCCGUUUCCUCAAACCAUUUCCCAGUAGGACGGGUAUGUGCGUAAAGAGAGAGAAGAAACGUGACGUCACGGAAUAGCUUUCUACCCCCAAACUCUCGUUGGGUUUUUCAGAUUUGAAUCGAAUAUAGAAUUUGUGUCUCUCGUUUUAAUUUCACCAGCGCGUCUUGUGUUUCAUAAAGAAUAUCGUCAUAUAAUGCAAUUGAAGAACGUUGCAUAGUAACAGCAGUCCUGGUUUUGCAAAAAAAGAGGAUCAUAUCUAAGGCGUUGAGUUUUAGUCUGAAUAAAAAAAAAAAUCCAACUGGAGGAAAAUAUCAAAUUGUAAUGGCAGAAAACAAUUUCCCUCCCCUGCCUGGCUUCAUCCCUCUGAAGCCGUGUUUCUAUCAGGACUUCAACGAGAUCCCAGAUGUACACCGCUCCAUCUGCAAGAAGCUCUACUAUCUAUGGAUCUUCAACAGUGCCACCUUGGCGGUCAAUCUGAUUGGCUGCCUGGCGUGGAUGUGCGGCGGGGGCGGAGCCACUAACUUUGGCAUGGCCAUUCUGUGGCUCAUCCUGUUCACCCCCUGUUCCUACGUGUGCUGGUUCAGACCCAUCUACAAGGCCUUCAAGACUGACAGCUCGUUCAACUUCAUGGCGUUCUUCUUCGUGUUCAUGGCCCAGGUGGUGAUCAGCAUCAUCCAGUGUAUAGGCAUUCCAGGCUGGGGCGUCUGUGGCUGGCUGGCUACCAUCACCUUCUUUAGCACCAAUAUAGGCUCCGCUGUAGUCAUGCUGAUCCCCACCAUCAUGUUCACUGCCAUGGCUGUCCUCUCCUUCACCGGGCUCACCAAGGUGCACAACAUGUACCGUGGCACUGGGGGCAGUAUGAGUAAAGCCCAAGAGGAGUGGACCACCGGGGCCUGGAAGAACCCUCACGUCCAGCAGGCAGCGCAGCAGGCUGCUGUGGGGGUGGCGCAGGGAGCCAUGCAGCAGCAACAGCCCCAGUACUCACAGGCACCCACCUACAAUUACGACGACCCGGGCAUGUAGGGCAGGGUGGAGGAGAGGGUGAGGGUGGGAGAGAAGGGGUGAGGGACAGACUGGGUGACAGUGUUUCUGAUCUCUCGUCAGUUGUUAUGAGAGCAGAAACCGAGCCUCCCAGGCUAGGUGAGGGCCAGACUGGGGAGAUGAAAAGGGAUGAUCAUCAAAUGAGAACCACAAUUCACGAUUACAGUGCCAUUCAGAUAAUUCUUAGAUAACAAAAAUAUAUAUAUUAAAAUGUGUCAUACUGUUUUGAUUUUGCUUCAAAGGUUUUUCCUAGAUGUAGGAAUAAUAAUUUUACUAAACUUGGAACACCUAUCUCCUAACAUGGACCAGCACUCCAACCAUGCACAUAGUUAUUACACAUAGUAAUAACAUAUUACACACACACAAGAUUAAUUGAUCUACUUCCAUGUGCCAGACAGACACUACAACCCUUGCACUGCCCUGUAAUGCUCAUUAGCUUUGUAUAGAAGAACCCAACACAGUCUUACUAGAGCCAUUGCCACGCUUCAAAAAAUAUACUCGUUUUAGUAUAUUUGACUUGACGCUCUUAUCCAGAGCGCAACUUACAAUAGUGAGCAUACAUUUUUGUACUUUAUGUUUGUACUGGUCCCCCGUGGGAUUUGAACCCUCAACCCUGGCAUUUGCAAGUGCCCUGCUCUACCAACUGACCCGCACGGGGACUUAGUGCAGUAGGCUUGUGAUGUUCUGUCAUGUUUUUGAAAAACAGUUUAUACUUGUUUUUGCAGUACUGUAUUAUUGUCAAGGAUGCAGUUUUGCCACAUGGAAAUGACAAAAAUGCAGAAAAAUCGUAUUUAAUCAUAUUUAAAAAGGAUUAUCACAAUUUUGUCCAUGUUGAAUUUUGAUUUUGUAUCACUUAGAUUCUCAGGAAUAGACAUCUACUUUGUUUUAGACAUAAAAUGACUUUAUUGUAUUUAUAUGUUUUUAGAUCUUAGCUAGUUGCUAGAUAGCUAAUAGCUACAUGUUAGUCUGUCUACAGUAGAAAGACCAGACGUUCUGUUGGCGUCAUCAACGUUAGCCAUAUUAGAGGUGUUAAAUUCCUCAACAUUUUCAAAUUUAUUUCAGGUUUUGGGGAGUGUAUUUCGAGUGAGCAUGUUAUUCUGUUGACUAUAAGUGAAAUAAUGAAUAGAUGUUUAAUAAUAACAACCAAUUUAAGCACACAUGUACAGUGUUAAGGUUUUACGUAGGAUGGAACAUUUCAGAUAAGUCUAUGACUACUGUAACCCAGUUAAGAAUUUAGACUAGGUGAACCAAAAUCGUUCCGUCUGUAAAGGGGGCAGAUAGUUCUGUCUAUAGGGGGCAGAUAGUUCUGUCUAUAGGGGGCAGAUAGUUCUGUCUAUAGGGGGCAGAUAGUUCUGUCUAUAGGGGGCAGAUAGUUCUGUCUAUAGGGGGCAGAUAGUUCUGUCUAUAGGGGGCAGAUAGUUCUGUCUAUAGGGGGCAGAUAGUUCUGUCUAUAGGGGGCAGAUAGUUCUGUCUAGAAGGGUCAGAUAGUUCUGUCUAGAAGGGUCAGAUAGUUCUGUCUAUAGGGGUCAGGCAGAUAGUUCUGUCUAUAGGGGGCAGGCAGAUAGUUCUGUCUAUAGGGGGCAGGCAGAUAGUUAUGUCUAUAGGGGGCAGGCAGAUAGUUCUGUCUAUAGGGGGCGGGCAGAUAGUUCUGUCUAUAGGGGGCAGAUAGGAAUUGUGGAAACAAUGGAACAUUUACAAAACUUAGUCUUAAUUCCCCAUUGAAGAUAUAGUAUUUGCUAUUUGUAGAUGGACAGAUGUUAGAUGUUAUGAAUGUUUAUUCCCAUUGGUCAAUCCUCUCACUAAUCCUAAAGUGAACCCUGUGAAGCAAAUGCUUUUUAAUUAAAAAAAAUUAUGACUACAUUACCCAGGGGGCAAAUAUGGUUGUAAUGAUGUCAUCGUGACAUCAUUUCAAACAGUUUUGCCUGCUGGGUAAUGGUGGAGUUGAACCUUUACAAGUGAAAACGAAAAAUGUGGCUGUCAACGUUAGUACAUGAGUAUAGAUGUGAUAUGGUAUAUAUAGAAAACAUUGAAUAUUGUUUAUACAAACAUCUCAUUUUAUGAACUGAAACGGGGAGAAAAUAACUGUCUAGCCUUUAUGAGUAUCGAUGUGUUUUCAUUUAGAGAUGGAACUACUGCAUAGCUACAUUUGACUGCAGUGGGAAAUGUUUUUGUCUCAAAAAGUUAACUCUGAAAAUGUAAAAGAUGGAUAUUACAAAAAUGUGUAAUACCAAUAUUAGACUUGAAACAAAUGUGAAGAUGUGUACAUGAAUGACAGAAAAAAAACUGUGAGUUGUCUUGUCUGAUUGUGUGAUGAUGUUCAAUAUGAUUUUCUUUUAAAUAUUUCUCAAAACUUUUGUUGUUGUUGUACUUUUCCUGUAUAUGUUCUAGAAGGUAUGUGUAUAUGUUCUACAAGGUAUGUGUAUAUGUUCUAGAAGGUAUGUGUAUAUGUUCUAGAAGGUAUGUGUAUAUGUUCUAGAAGGUAUGUGUAUAUGUUCUAGAAGGUAUGUGUAUAUGUUCUAGAAGGUAUGUGUAUAUGUUCUAGAAGGUAUGUGUAUAUGUUCUAGAAGGUAUGUGUAUAUGUUCUAGAAGGUAUGUGUAUAUGUUCUAGAAGGUAUGUGUAUAUGUUCUAGAAGGUAUGUGUAUAUGUUCUAGAAGGUAUGUUAGUCAGAGUGUGUAUACAGCUCUGCUCUUUCUGUCUCUCUACAGUUGUUGGUAUUAUAGGUGUAUAAAAGGAUUCUAAUGGG